CUGCUUUUAUCAUACGGGCCCGGACCUAACGAGGACUUGGAAAGGGAGAGAGGCAGGAAGGAAAAGCUAAGAAGUGCUGAGAGAGGGCCAAAGAGGAACUUUUCUGUUUACUGACCUUGGGAUGCAAAAAUGACAUCUAUUAUCAAACUAACUACCCUCUCAGGGGUGCAAGAAGAGUCUGCACUUUGUUAUCUACUUCAGGUUGAUGAGUUUCGAUUUUUAUUGGACUGUGGCUGGGAUGAACACUUUUCAAUGGAUAUCAUAGAUUCUCUUAGAAAACAUGUUCACCAGGUAGAUGCAGUACUGCUCUCUCAUCCUGAUCCUCUCCAUCUUGGUGCACUCCCAUAUGCUGUUGGAAAAUUGGGUUUGAAUUGUGCUAUCUAUGCAACCAUUCCUGUUUAUAAAAUGGGACAGAUGUUCAUGUAUGAUCUUUAUCAGUCUCGUCACAAUACAGAAGAUUUCACACUCUUUACGUUGGAUGAUGUGGAUGCAGCUUUUGAUAAAAUACAGCAACUCAAGUUCUCUCAAAUUGUGAAUUUGAAAGGGAAAGGGCAUGGUUUGUCCAUCACACCUCUACCAGCUGGUCACAUGAUAGGAGGAACAAUAUGGAAAAUAGUCAAAGAUGGAGAAGAAGAAAUCGUUUAUGCUGUUGACUUCAACCACAAGAGGGAGAUUCACUUAAAUGGAUGUUCUCUGGAAAUGUUAAGCAGACCUUCAUUGCUUAUCACAGAUUCCUUUAAUGCUACUUAUGUGCAGCCCAGACGAAAACAAAGGGAUGAACAGCUACUCACAAAUGUCUUGGAAACACUUCGAGGUGAUGGGAAUGUGUUAAUAGCUGUAGACACAGCAGGCAGAGUUUUGGAACUUGCCCAACUUCUUGAUCAGAUUUGGAGAACUAAAGAUGCCGGACUGGGUGUAUAUUCAUUAGCACUUCUGAAUAAUGUCAGCUACAAUGUAGUGGAGUUUUCUAAAUCCCAGGUAGAAUGGAUGAGUGAUAAAUUAAUGAGAUGUUUUGAAGACAAAAGAAAUAAUCCAUUUCAAUUUCGCCAUCUUUCUUUAUGUCAUGGUCUUUCUGAUCUGGCUCGUGUGCCUAGCCCCAAAGUUGUCCUUGCCAGCCAACCUGAUUUGGAAUGUGGAUUUUCAAGAGAUCUCUUUAUUCAGUGGUGCCAGGACUCUAAAAAUUCAAUCAUCUUAACUUAUAGAACAACACCUGGAACAUUAGCACGUUUCCUAAUAGAUAACCCUUCUGAGAAAAUCACAGAAAUAGAGUUGAGAAAACGUGUGAAACUUGAAGGAAAGGAACUUGAAGAGUAUCUAGAGAAAGAGAAACUGAAGAAGGAAGCUGCGAAAAAGCUAGAACAGUCAAAGGAGGCAGAUAUAGAUUCUAGUGAUGAGAGUGAUGUUGAAGAGGAUAUUGACCAACCAUCAGCACAUAAAACCAAGCAUGAUUUGAUGAUGAAAGGUGAAGGUAGCCGAAAAGGAAGUUUCUUCAAACAGGCUAAAAAGUCUUAUCCUAUGUUUCCUGCCCCAGAAGAAAGAAUUAAAUGGGAUGAGUAUGGAGAGAUAAUCAAACCAGAAGAUUUCUUAGUGCCUGAGCUUCAAGCCACUGAAGAAGAAAAAAGCAAAUUAGAAUCUGGCUUGACAAAUGGAGAUGAACCUAUGGAUCAGGAUUUAUCAGAUGUUCCUACCAAGUGCAUUUCUGCAACAGAAUCAAUUGAAAUCAAAGCCAGAGUUACUUACAUAGACUAUGAAGGACGUUCAGAUGGUGAUUCCAUUAAAAAAAUAAUUAAUCAAAUGAAACCACGGCAGUUGAUUAUCGUCCAUGGACCACCAGAAGCCAGUCAAGAUCUGGCAGAAUGUUGCCGAGCUUUUGGUGGAAAAGAUAUUAAAGUCUAUAUGCCAAAGCUACAUGAAACAGUAGAUGCCACCAGUGAAACUCAUAUCUAUCAGGUGAGAUUAAAAGAUUCACUUGUCAGCUCUCUUCAAUUUUGUAAAGCAAAAGAUGCUGAGCUAGCUUGGAUAGAUGGUGUCUUAGACAUGCGAGUUUCCAAAGUAGACACAGGCGUUAUUUUAGAAGAAGGAGAACUGAAGGAUGAUGGAGAAGACUCAGAGAUGCAAGUGGAUGCUCCUUCAGAUGCUAGUGUCAUAGCACAACAAAAAGCUAUGAAGAGUCUCUUUGGGGAUGAUGACAAAGAAACAGGUGAAGAGAGUGAAAUUAUUCCCACUUUGGAACCUUUGCCUCCUCAUGAGGUUCCUGGACACCAGUCAGUGUUUAUGAAUGAGCCAAGAUUGUCAGAUUUUAAACAAGUGCUGUUGCGAGAGGGAAUCCAGGCUGAGUUUGUAGGAGGUGUACUUGUUUGCAACAAUCUAGUAGCUGUCCGUAGAACUGAAACUGGACGCAUUGGACUUGAAGGCUGCCUUUGUCAAGAUUUUUAUAGGAUAAGAGACCUUUUAUAUGAACAAUAUGCUAUUGUGUAGAGGAUCUGUUAUUCAGAUGAAUCUCUCUUUCCCCUUUCUAAGAAAAAACAAGGAAGGGCACUUUAUUUUGUUGUUUUCCUUUGUUGUUCUAUAAUUUAUAUAGAGAGAACUAGUCAGGAAGAUAACAUUUUAAGCCCAAGAAAUUAUACUCAAGAAGUGAAUAAUGAAGAUCAUUUUGCUUAGUAAAUCUUGAACAUUCCUCUUUUUUGAAUUUCAAAUUGAUAAAUACCAUAACUGUUAUAAUAAUGGGCCCAAUAAUCGACAUUAUUGGUUUUCUUUAUAAAUGAGCCCUAUUUUUAAGCUGGUAUUUUUUUAUUUUAACGGUAAAACUAGAGAAACAAAUUCUUGGACUCAGAGGGUAUAAGUAUGUUCAUAAAAACCAUUUUUUACUGAGUUAGUGCAAAAUCAGCUUGGUUUUUAUUUUAUUUUUAGGACUAGGAAAAAUGGAAAAUUUUGAAAUUAGGAAAGAACUGCUACUCAAAAUGCAAAAGCAAUUGUUUUGAUAAAAUGGACUUUUGUAAAUUAUCUGUUUAAAUAAACAGCAGAAAAUAUUGUUGUACAUACACUAGAACUCUUCCUCUGAACUCAUUUUCAUAUCAUACUUGCUCAAUGCCUAUGUUUCAAAGUGUCAAAUUAUUUUUAUUGAGGCAUAUAACAGUUUUUAUCUUUUCCUGUUUCAAUGUUGUUUUUUUUUUAAAGUCAAAUAUAGUUUUGUCAUUUGAAUACAAAUAGCUCAAAAGAGUUAUUUGUUGUGUGGUGAAAUUCUGAUUUUAAUUUUAUAUGAAAGAGACAACCAUUGAACAUUUUUUUUUUUAAACAAAAUAAUACUAUGGUUUAAAAAGAAGUGUUUUUAUUUCUUAAGCCUGCAUGCUUCCAAACCCCUCUAAGCAGCAUGUAGAUGACAUGUGUCAGCAUUAAAAAUGCUACACAGAAGGCUAAGUAAUUUGUCCCUUUGUGUUUUAUAACUUUCUUGUGUUAGCCACGAGAUAACCAAAAGGAAAUGCACUGUACUUAGUUUACAUUGAAUUCAAAUCAUCUCGUUAAGGAAAAAACAUGUAAUCCAGUGAGUUUUCCUAGGAAGUGACAUAAUUGUGACAGACUUUGGCAUUUAUUUCAUAAGUUCAAGAUCCAAAUCCUAUUCCUUACACUUAGCACUUUAGGUUGAUGGAUUUCUCUUAAAAUAAAACUGAUCAAUUUCCUUUUCAAGUAUUUAUAGAGCUACUCUGAAGAUUCUUACUGCUAAUAUAAAAGUGACCAUGGUACUUACGAAGCAAACAAAUUGUAUUACUAGUGUUAAUGUGGAUAAGCACAUAAAUGAACACUGUCAGUCCUUUAAACAAAAAAUCUUUCCUGAGAUUUUAUUGUAUGGAAUAAUAUUGGAAUUAUUUGUCUGGUUAAGGCAGCUGAUAAUUUCAUCUUCCAUUAUAAUUCUGAAAACUUGUUUCUUGCCUAAUUUUAUUUUUACCUGACACAUUCCAUGAAUACACAUUUCAUUUAAAAUGCUGCUAGAAGCUGGUGUGCAAACAAAUAUCAUUGAAGAAUUAGUAUUUUUUACCUGUGUUUGGCUGGUAAGGUUAAUAAAAUUUCUAAAAAGGUUUCAUUUGCAUUUCCAUGGAACUUUAUUAUUAGUUAUUACCCAAAUAAAUUGAGGCUGUAAAACAUAUACACAUCUAGACUUGUGUAUUUGGUCUAGACUUAUAUAUUUGGUCUAGAUCUGUGAUUUUAUUUGAUCUAUAGAACUCCCUAUGUGAAAACUUUCACCACCAAACUGUCUACCACUUGUGGUCUUCACUGUUGACUAGGAUACUUGAGGUAACUUGAUUGCGGUCACACAAUUAGUAUGUAUCAGAGGCAGAGAUUAAACUCAGAUUUUCCUAAUUCUAUAGCCAACUCUACUCCCUUUGAUGUGUUAUCUCUAAAAUCAAAAAUAAAAAUAAUUUUGAGAUAGCUCACAUUGUAUUUAGUAAACUCAGGGGAACUGUCAAAAUUAUUGUGCUAUAUACACAAUUCCUAUGUUGUAUUCAUUGUACUUUUGGAAGAGGUGGACCAAGACGGUUUUAUUUUGUUGGACAGAGAUGGAGAUUGUAGUAUUUGUUGUAAAGAAAACUUCUGUAUAAUAAAAUUUUUUCCAUGUUAUAGUG